AUGUCAAAUUUGACUCAUUCGGAUGGAAAUGGUGGUGGUUACGGCAAUGCGACUUUACUUAUGAAUCCAGGCUUGUGUACACUUGACACUUGUGAUCUUUCCUUGUCAAGUUUCGAGUAUCGGCCAACCGUGGUUGGAAAUACCAUAUACGCCGGUUUGUUCGGGGUAUUCUGUAUUGCACAGUUGGCUCUAGGAAUCAAGUUCAAAAUAUGGGGAUAUAUGGUUGCUAUCAUUCUUGGAUUGAUCCUCGAAAUCAUCGGUUAUAUUGCUAGAGUUCUUAUUAAUAACUAUCCUUUCGAUAACGAUUACUUCCUAAUGUAUCUCAUCUGUCUAACCAUCGCCCCUGCUUUCCUCACCGCAGGAAUUUACCUUUGUCUGUCUCGAAUUGUCAUUAUUUACGGCCAAGAAAUCUCUCGCUUCAAACCAGGAACAUACACCAUCAUCUUCUGCACCUGUGAUGUUAUCUCCCUCGUGCUCCAAGCCGUUGGUGGCGCCAUCGCUUCAACUGCCGACACACUCGACGAUAAAGAUUUGGGCAAAAAUAUCAUGUUAGCAGGUCUCGCUUUCCAAGUCUUUUCUCUCAUCCUCUUCGCCAUCCUCUGCACUGAGUUCGCAUGGAGAGUUCGCCGCGCACAAGGCGCUUGGAAUGCUCGCUACAUCGAUCUCGUUUCUUCCGCUCUCUUUAAAUCCUUCCUCGGCGGACUUUGCCUCGCGACAAUUACCAUCCUCGUUCGUUCCAUCUACAGAUGUAUAGAACUAUCGGGUGGCUUCAAUGGCCCUCUUUUCAUUAGUCAUGAAGUCGAGUUCAUGAUUUUGGAAGGUGUGAUGAUCACUCUUGCGGUUGGGGGACUUACGCUAUUGCAUCCGGGAAUUGCCAUGAAAGGGGCGUGGUCGGAAGCAAACUUUAAGUUUAGAAGCGGGCACGAAGGAACGGAACAAUUGAAGAGAGUGAGUGCUGGAAGUGAUAUUGAAAUGGAGAGUGGGAAGAUAUUUACGAGGGAGUGA